AUGGUGCUCCUUGUGACAUGGCGCCAUCUGCGCGGGACGCUGAAGACAUCUCGCAUCGGCACGAACAGAGUGUCGCUGGGCCUGCUCCUGCUCAGGGAUGGAACACUGUACUUUGUGAUGCUUCUCUUGCUCAACAUCGCCCAGAUCAUUGCGGUCCUAGACUUUGGCCAAAACUUCGACCCCAUCCCAGACUUCAUCUUCCCGAUAACCAUCAUCAUCAUCUCGCGCUUCAUCCUCAACCUCCGGCGGUUCUCGCAGAACACCGGCGACCCGCUCGAGUCGCACAGCUGGACGUCCGGGCCCGAGGAGCGGGGCGGGCACCAGUCCAUGCCGCGGUCGUACCUCUCCAGCAUCAUGUUCCGCUCGGGCACCGCGCGCCCGGGCGAGUCCGAGCGCACCGCCGCCUCGCUGAGCGACGGGAUCAUGGUCAAGGUCGCGACGUUCAGCGACGCGGACGACUUCCUCGCGAGACAGGAGGAGGACAGCGACCCGGAGGCGAUGGAGCUCGAGCGCGUGCCGUACCGCCCCAGCUCGACAGGCAGAGCUUCCAGCCCCGCGCGCAUCCGUAUCAGCAGCAACAGCACUACGACCAGCUCGAAUACGGCCGGGUAG